AUGCGCGGCCAGUAUGCGCAGCACCAGGUCCUCCUCUAUUCUCUGUCCCAUCACGCCGUAGUGGUGGUCACUCGGAGGCUGCUGGGCUCUCCUCCGGGGGAUGGAUUUUGAGAAUCUUUUCUCCAAACCCCCCAACCCGGCCCUCGGCAGGAAGCCGGCCACGGACUCCGAUAACAGAAUCAGUGAUGAAAUAGAUGAUACAGAAAUUGAAGAAACACAAGAAGAGAAAAUAAAAUGGCAAGUAAAACUGAAGCGUGAGCCUGUCCCCAAAAAGUUUAGGCACUUUGGAAACUCCCCGAAGAAUUUGCUACAUAGAAAAUCAAGAAGUAAGGACUAUGAUGUAUACAGUGAUGAUGUUUGCGGUCAGGAAUCUGAAGAUAAUUUCGCUAAAGAGCUUCAGCAGUAUAUACAAGCUAAAGAAAUGGCAAAAGCUGCACAGUCCUUACCGUUUCCUGAAGAGUCCAUGAAGAAAGAGGAAGACAAAGGUGCCCGGAAAGCUGUUAAACAAAACAAUAAAAACCUUAAAGCUGCCCGCAAGAAUGGUAAACAGAAGAAAAUGAAGCGGAAGUGGGCUGGCGCUGCAGACAAGGGCUCAAAAGCGUCACCAGGGAACAGUGGCACGCAGGAACAGGGUGGUGAGCCCAGAGAGAAGCAGCAGCACGUGCAUAUGAGUCAGGGGUUCAUCAACCAGCACACCGUGGAGCGCAAGGGAAAGCAAGUGUGUAAAUAUUUCCUCGAAAGGAAAUGCAUUAAGGGAGACCAGUGUAAAUUUGACCAUGAUGCAGAGAUAGAGAAGAAAAAGGAAAUGUGUAAGUUUUACGUACAGGGAUAUUGUACCAGAGGCGAAAACUGUCUGUAUUUGCAUAAUGAAUACCCUUGCAAGUUUUACCAUACAGGAACAAAAUGUUACCAGGGAGAGCACUGCAAGUUUUCACAUGCCCCUCUGACUGCUGACACACAAGAACUGUUGGCUAAAGUUUUGGAUACUGAAAAGAAGUCAUCAUGAAAAUAAAAGCUUUGUAUAGAUGAAGAGUGCUUCUGUUGGUGCCUGUUCAGGACUCUUGAAGAUUGGUGAUUUGGACGGGCUUACCAGAGUCCUCAUUUAAAGCACCUUCCUGAGUCAUUCUGACGAUGCUCAGCUUCUUUCAUGGGUGAUCUGGAGGGACAGAGUCUAGUGUACGAGUAUAAGUGAAGGGGUUGGUCUUUAGCCAGUGGGACCAGAGAGGAGAUGAUGGCAGAGCUGCUGGCGGGGGAAACACUGUGGUCUCUUCUGCUUCAUUGAGUUUUCUCACUAAAAGAAGAAGCAAGCUUAGGCCAAGUGAGUGUGGUUGGCAUGGGUAAUGGAUGAAAGGUGAGUGUGCAGGGAGCCGUUCACGUCAUAGUCACAGCACUUAAUGGUUGUUCCCAGUGCUGUUUUAUGGCUUACAUUAUGGCUCUGUGUGUUUGUAUCAAAUUUCCUGUUGUUGGAUAUUUAAGUUGUUUUAAUUUCUUACUAUUAAAAAUAAAGUGGAACAGUGUCUCCU